CGGGCCGGGGUCACGCCAGGGCAGCCAAUUCCUGCCCGGCCCGCCUUCCUCUCACCUCCCAUCUCCCCUGGCGAAGUCCCCGGCCCGCGGGGCGCGCAGGGCGGCUGCGCGAACCCAGCGGGUGCGGCGUCCCCACCCGAAGCCUCCACCACCUCCAACGAGCCAUGUUCCAGGCUACAGAAGCCGCCCAGGCCACCCCCUCUCAUGAAGCCAAAAGCAGUGGUGGGAGCAGCACUGUUCAGCGCUCCAAGUCCUUCAGCCUCCGGGCCCAGGUGAAGGAGACCUGUGCUGCCUGCCAGAAGACAGUGUACCCUAUGGAGCGGCUGGUGGCAGAUAAGCUCGUUUUUCACAACUCCUGCUUCUGCUGCAAGCACUGUCACACCAAGCUCAGCCUGGGCAGCUACGCGGCACUGCACGGAGAGUUUUACUGCAAACCCCACUUCCAGCAGCUGUUUAAGAGCAAAGGCAACUACGAUGAGGGGUUUGGCCGGAAGCAGCACAAGGAGCUCUGGGUCCACAAGGAAGUGGACCCUGGCACCAAGACAGCCUGAGGCCCGACUGACCUGUCACUAGUGCCCUAGAGGGCUUGGAUGGAGCAGUGGGGGGUGGGAAGGAGAUUGGAGCUGGCUGGGGUGGGGGCAGGGUGGGAAGGGGUGAGGCCAUCUUGCUCAGGGGAGGAUUAUGGGGCAGGACUCUGCUCCAGUAUUCCCUCAUUCUCCCUUAGUGGGUAGGGGUCAGGGAGCCAGGACUGAGGGUCUGCUUGCCAUCCUGCUUCCUGCUGCUUUCAGCCCACCCCACCCCACCUUACCCCGUGGCCCCCUGGGAGGCCCCCAAGCCCAGCUUCCCUAUUGAGGUGCCUUUUCUCCAGCAAGGAGUCAGCAUGUCCCCCUCAGGGUCCCAAGCUCUCUCACUGCCACCUGGUGCCCUGUGUGGCCCCCACGUCUCCCCAUCUACCUCUGCCCUUAGCCUGGUCCUGAGCCAUGGAGACUGGGAGGACAUCAAGAGUACCACCUGUUGGGCCUCACAGGAUGCCCACCAUGGCCGCAUGGGGAAGGGAUGGGGAAGUAGAGCAGCCCUGCCCCUGGCAAGGCAGGACGUGCCCCAGUGGGGCUGCAGACCAUCUCGCACCACGGGAGUCAAGAAGUGGAAGCUGAAGCACCCACCAGGCUGAGAACCACAGAGACUGGCAGCGGGAUUGGCCAGGCUGUGUUCCCUUCCCCCCCAGCCCCUUGUUUCUGCCGGUUUUGACUGUUGUGAUAACCGCAUUUUAAACAUGUUUAAACAGAUCUUGACUUUAUAUUAUGUGGCCUGAUGGGGGGGCUUUGUGGCAGGAAGUAUGCGAACACCCCACGGGGAGGGGAAGGGGCAUAGGGU